AUGUUCUUAUCCAAGUGUAAAAUAAAGUUUCAUCCCCCCUUCUACCUCUCCCACAAAUAUACUAAAAUGACGUUAGUUUCUGCACAUGUCCGGGGCUGAGAGUCAAGUUGAUGUCGCCAGGCCGACUGUGGCUAGUGUGCAGCAUGCUAGUGAAACGGUGCUUAAAUAAUCACACAGGAAAUCACCAAUAGUUGUGUGUGUGUGUGUGGCUGCUGAGGUGAGAAAAACAGACCUGCUCGACGUUCCUACUUCUGAUGCAAUUGGGUUGGAACAGAAUAGAAGAGCGAGUGAAGUUGGUGGAAUCAGACUGACUCCGGCUGUUCUCUCCACAACCAUGUGUAGCCGGAAUAACACGACCGACUCCGAGUUUGUGAAGACUUUCCAAUACGUGGUCCACAUCCCAACCUUCGCCCUGGGACUGGUCAUCAACUCCACAGCGCUCUGGAUACUCUGCUUCAGAUUGAAGAAUUGGACAGAGUCCAUGAUCUACAUGACCAACCUGAUAUUUUCCGACCUGCUUCUGCUGUUCUCGCUGCCUUUCAAAAUGCACGCCUUCCAGAAAAGUGGAGAAUGGCAUCUGGGUCCCCGCUUCUGUGAGUUUGUGGAGUCCCUGUACUUUGUCAACACCUACGGGACCAUCCUGUUAAUCAUGCUGAUCUCACUGGAUCGCUACAUCGCUAUCGGCUAUCCCAUUCUGGCAAGGACGCUCCGGUCUCCAAAGAAAGCCGCCGUUGCCUGCACUGUCCUGUGGCUCUGUGUCUGGUCUGCUAGUAUUCCCAAUUACUUGCAGGAAAGCCCCAUUACCCACCAGUGUUUCAUGCGUUUUGGUGAAUUUUGGGACAACGGAGCUAUUCCCCUGGCCAUGCUCGCUCUGUUUGCGAUUGCUGCGUCUGCUGUGAUAUUCUGCAGUGUCCGGAUUCUAAAAACAUUGCGAAGAGUGGAUGACGAGAGAGAAGACAUAAACACCAGAGCAUCCAUGCACACAAUAUCCUGCAAUCUGGUAACGUUCCUUCUCUGUUUCACACCCUAUCACGUCGCCAUGUUACUGUAUCUCUUGGCAAGGAAAUGCUACAUGCCAGUCGAAUACCAGGCGCCCCUGCGUGUGUUUCUCCAGGUCUCUCAGUGUCUGGCAACCACUAACUGUUGCCUGGAUGCCAUGUAUUACUAUUUGAUCAUUAAGGAAUUCUGGAAAUCAAAAAUUAUGAGCACCUUGGAAACUUUGUCAACCAAUACCGGCUAACUGGCAGAGUUGAACUUGUUGUCUUAGCCUGAGUAUAUUUUCCAUGGCACAUUUAAUGGACAGUGAAGAAUACUCAUUGUACUUGUUUGGAUAUACUGUACUGUAUACUAAUUACCUGGUGUACAUAAAACUGAAGCCAUGCCCACAAGACUGCUAGACAAAACGCCUAGACAGAAUUAUAUACUUUGUAUUGCAUUGUAUUGCA